AUGAGUCGGAAUUUUACAGAGAUUGAAGUAGAUCAAUCGUCAGGGACUUUGGACUUGCAUUCUCCUUUCCAUGAUCCAGGCCAUCCUACAUCCAUGCUAUCAACACCAACAACGACUACAAGAACAACAAGAACAACAACAACAACAUCGUCGUCGUCGUUAUCGUUGUCGUCCACCUCGUCAUUGACUAAUAUUGCUGAUUCGCAACUGCAUCAUCAUGUCCAUGAUGUCAAAUCACUCAAUUUAGAUACAUAUAGUGACCGCAGUGAGAGCAUCAAACCACCAGUAACGAGUGCGUCGUCAUUGUCAAUACCAAGCUUAUCAAUAACUUCCUCAAGGGUACAUCUGGCAGCACCAGCACCAGCACCAGCACCAGCACCAGCACCAGCAGCACCAGCUUCCCAGAAAUCAAAUUUGCCUACAACAACAACAUCAUCAUCAUCAUCACCAUCAUCAUCAUCAUCAUCAUGCUUAACUGUAAACCCUCACAAAUCGUGCAAAAGGUCAUCGUCAUCGUCCAAUGAUCUAAUAUAUGAAAGAGAUAGAUUUAGAGCUAGACUUAAAAGCUUCAACGUAUCGUUUACAAACAGCAAUGACACUGAAGGCGUUGAUUCCGGGGUAAAAGAUUCACACGCUAGCGGAUACUGUGAAUGCCACGAUGAACCAGAAUCUCUCGAAGGCGAUGUAAACCCCUGUGACGUUUGUGAUGGAAUUGGGUUCAAAACCACCAAAUUAUCAAUGUCACAACCAGAUGAAUUACGCAAACAGGCUGACGAUUUCAAAUUUAACCACUUGUCAUUGCUACAACUCAAACACAUGUUUCAUGAGUAUUUCAAUUCGCAACUCCCGCCUACAAAUGAAAUGUUUCCCUGGCUACAUGGAUUACAUGAAGAUAAUUUUGCUCAACGAUCAUUUUUCUUGCAUCAGCAACAACAACAACAACAGAAAUUGGGUCUUGUUGGAGACAGUAAUGUGUUUAUGGACUACAAGACUGCCAAGCCGAAAAACGUACGGUUUUUGAUGUGUGUAACUGACGGGUCCCUAGCUGUUGAAUUACACAAUACUGUGCGGUUGAGUGAAAUUUUGCAAAAGAUUGAUGUGUCGAAAUCGGAAAUUAGAGAUAUUGUUGCCUUGAUUUGGAAAAGCAUUGAUCAUGAAAAAUUGAGUAACAGUUUUAACCAUAAACAAGAAGAGGAAAUGAUUGAUUUAUUAACCGCUGAUUGUAUCAAGCUCAAUGUGGUGCCAUUUUUUUUAAACUUGGAUCCAGAUAGAGGGAUCUCGCUACGUAAUUUUCAAAUCCAAGUUGCUAAAUUAUCAAUUUGUUCCGAUUUUGUUGUGUACGGUAUCGACUAUGAUACUAUGCAGUCCAUUGCUAGAGUUCUUUGGUUAGCACAAAGAGAUGAGGAGCAAUCCUCGGGAGUUUGUGCACCUGAAAGGAAAGUUUACAUUUUGGAUCAACAUUUCAGUGAUGCGUAUCAACAAAUGGCAUCUGUUUCAUUAAAUGCACCACUACGAAGCUUUUUCCAUUUCUCGAAAUUGUCAACAGUUAAUCUAAGCUACAAGUUGAAGGACCCUUUGCUAUUAUGGGACAACAAUUUCCAACUACGAGAAAAAGUUGAAACGACAUUGAUGUCAACAGCUUCAAAGAUUUGCCAAAAUGUGUUUGUGGGCAAUCAUUGGGAUCAUCAAAUAAUGCUUCAUUAUUUACAAAAUAACAACUCAGUGACCCCCGAGCAUCAUUCAAAAGGGGUAAUACAUGGGUAUAGCUCGCCAACAAACUCAUUAAUGUUGCGCAAUUGUCAUCUGUCAUUGGACUAUAUCAGUAUGUUACCACACCCCAAAUUUAACUACAAAUUAUUCAUCCAGUGCCAUUCCGAUGCAUCAUUCCCUGAUUUAACCGAACUAGCUGAAUUGUUAUUCAAGUAUACUAUAUCAUCUCACGAUAGUGAAGAAAUUCAAGAAAGUCAUCAUUUACUGUUUCCACCUUCAGGAUCCAUUGGCAUUGGCGAUUGUAAACGAGAUAAUCUUCGACUGAUUGUCAAUAUUUGCAAAUUGAUUUACUUGUAUUCAUCAUCAAUGUCGUCCAAGGGGUUGGGAACUUUGAUUUAUUGCUCAGAUGGCUAUACUGAGUCAUCAUUGUUGGUGUUUUGUUAUUUGAUGUAUGCAUUGAAUCUCCCCUUGGAUGAAGUAAUGUUGAAGUUGCACAAUGAGUAUGAACGACCAUUUUAUAUAUUCAAUAGUGACGUGGUGAUAUUGCGCAAGUUGGAACCAUUGUUGAGAAAGUAUAGCCCCUUGGUGAAACGUGGUGGUGGUGAUGGUAAGAUGAUCAAUUGGGGUGAGAUGGAGGAGAUUUCAUCAGCUGAGAUUAAUGAGAUCUUGUUGGGUGUGCCGAAAAAGAAUUCAAAUGCCAAGUUUGGAUAUAUUUUCAACGAUGAGGAUUCGUCAUUGAGCGAGGCAAGUUCAUCAAGUAGUGAUGACGAUAGUGAGGAGAAUGAGGAUGAUGAUGAUGAUGAUGAUGAUGAUGAAGAAACUGAGGCUCGCAAAUUUGCAAUUGACUGGGUAAAAGAAGUUGAAGGAUCAAUCCCAUCAAAAAUCUUACCUUAUUUAUACCUUGGCUCAUUAAAACAUGCACUGUGUCUACCAUUGCUAAACAAGUUGGGAAUUAAAAAAGUGAUUUCAGUGGGUGAAUCCCUACCUUGGUUGAAUGGAUACAAAUUCCGCAAGUAUAAUGAAACUCAAGUUGACGAAGGUUUAGAUGAAAACAUUGAGAUAAUCCAUAUCCACCCCAAAAAGCAGCACCAUCGACAUCAUCAUCGUCACAACAAUCGGACUACUAAUCUUCACUGGAAUACCACAAUCGAUACAAUAAUGAAGGUGAAUAAUUUAGAAGAUGAUGGCAUUGAUGAAUUAUCAGAACAAUUACCCAAGAUUUUGGAUUUCAUCAAUCAAGAAUAUGUAAAAACCAACGGCAACACAAAGAUUCUUGUACAUUGUCGAGUGGGAGUUAGUCGAAGUGCCACUGUUGUUAUUGCUGAGAUUAUUAAACGGUUUCAAGUUAGUUUACCCAUGGCUUAUUUAUAUGUCAGAGUACGCAGACUUAAUAUCAUUAUUCAGCCGAACUUGAGGUUUAUGUAUGAGUUGUUCAAGUGGGAGCACAAUUUGAAGUUGGGCAGAUUACAGGAGAGCUCAAAAGCUGGCUGCGAUGGAUGUGAUGGAUGUGAUGGAUGUGAUGUUGGAAGUGAAUCCCCAGUGGGUCCGUAUCAUGAUGGAACCCACUACUUACGAGAAAUUGAUUGGUUUAUGAUGUGUCGAGAGAUUAUGAAGUUGAAUUUACCAUACUUGAAUAAUUAA